AUGCUAAUUAAUCGCAAAACGCACCCACUAUUAAAACUCAUAAACAGCUCAUUUAUUGACCUACCCACACCAAGCAAUAUCUCUGCUUGAUGAAACUUUGGAUCAUUACUUGGAUUAUGCUUAAUCAUCCAAAUUAUAACAGGAUUAUUUCUAGCAAUACACUACACCGCAAACACAACCCUAGCAUUCUCUUCUGUAGCUCAUAUUUGUCGAGAUGUACAAUACGGAUGACUUCUACGAACACUUCACGCAAAUGGAGCCUCAAUAUUUUUCAUCUGCCUUUAUAUUCAUAUUGGACGAGGCCUAUAUUACGGGUCAUACUUAUAUAAAAAAACAUGAAACACAGGAAUUAUUCUUUUAUUCCUAGUAAUAGCCACCGCCUUCGUCGGAUAUGUCCUACCCUGGGGCCAAAUAUCCUUUUGAGGUGCAACCGUAAUCACAAAUCUCCUUUCAGCCAUUCCAUACCUAGGUACAAUACUUGUACAAUGAAUUUGAGGGGGGUUCUCAGUAGACAACCCCACACUAACACGCUUCCUUACAUUCCAUUUUCUACUACCAUUUAUCAUUUCAGCUAUAGUUAUCUUACACCUUAUAUUUUUACACGAAACAGGAUCAAACAACCCAACAGGAUUAAAUACAAAUACAGAUAAAAUUCAAUUUCACCCAUAUUUUUCAUACAAAGAUUUGUUAGGUUCAGUAAUCAUAAUAACAUUCCUACUCUCACUAACUCUAUUUUACCCAAACCUAAUAGGAGACCCUGAAAACUAUGUCCCCGCAAAUCCACUAAUAACACCUCCCCAUAUUAAGCCAGAAUGGUAUUUUUUAUUCGCUUAUGCCAUCCUCCGCUCAAUUCCCAAUAAAUUAGGAGGUGUACUAGCACUUAUAAUAUCUAUUACUAUUCUAUUUAUUAUACCAAUCUUACACACAACAAAACAACGCGCUCAAACAUUCCGUCCGCUGUCCCAAAUAAUAUUCUGAUUAUUUAUCUCAAAUAUCCUUAUCCUAACUUGAAUCGGAGGUCAACCAGUAGAAGAGCCCUUUAUUAAAAUUGGCCAACUUACCUCACUAAUACACUUUAUUUUAAUUCUUACAAUACCCAUCAUAAACAAAUUAGAAACACAACUACUUAACCGUUA